AAACGGAAGCCGGGCGGCUCUAUUUCGUGUGAGUUUACGGCCCCCCUAGAGGAGACCGGGGUUGCCUGAGGGACGUCUCUUGGCUGUUUAUCUCGCCUGAGCUGUCCUCUCACCCUGGUCAUCUGUUAGGAGUGCAGAAGUUUGGGCCAAAGCGCUGGGCGAGACGAGAACCUGCUCCUCUGUGCCUCCGACUUUCUCUGGGCCCGUCUUUCUAACGCGAGGCCGUGUCAGGUUCUGGGAAGUGCGGUUUUCGCCGGGGCCGGUUUUCCCUGGAAAGCUGUGCGCUCCUGGUUGUUUUCCGUCUUCUCCGGGUGGGAGCUUGGGGAGCUCUUCUCGGGGUCCGGGGCGUUGGUGCAGCCUCUUGUGGAAGACUUGGAGUGAAAGGUCUCCCGCGAUCCCGCCCGUGAGACGCGCUCCGAGGGCACACCUCGUUCAUGGGAGUCCAGGGGCUCUGGAAGCUGCUGGAGUGCUCCGGGCGGCAGGUCAACCCGGAGACGCUGGAGGGGAAGGUCCUUGCCGUGGAUAUUAGCAUUUGGUUAAACCAAGCACUUAAAGGAGUUCGGGAUCGCCAUGGGAAUUCAAUAGAAAAUGCUCAUCUUCUUACUUUGUUCCAUCGGCUCUGCAAACUCUUAUUUUUUCGAAUUCGUCCUAUUUUUGUGUUUGAUGGGGAUGCUCCACUAUUGAAGAAACAGACUCUGGCUAAAAGAAGGCAGAGAAAGGACUUGGCAACCAAUGACUCCAAAAAAACUACCGAGAAGCUUUUGAAAACAUUUUUGAAAAGACAAGUUAUCAAAACUGCCUUAAAAAGCAAAAGGGAGGAAGCACUUCCCAGUCUUACUCAAGUUCAAAGAGAAGAUGACAUCUAUGUUUUGCCACCUUUACAAGAGGCAGAGAAAGAUAGUUCAGAAGAGGAGGAUGAAAAAGCAUGGCAAGAGAGAAUGAAUCAAAAACAAGCACUACAGGAGGAGUUCUUUCAGAAUCCUCAUGCAGUAGAUAUUGAGUCUGAAGACUUUAGCAGCCUGCCCCCUGAAAUAAAGCAUGAAAUCUUGACUGAUAUGAAAGAAUUUACCAAGCGAAGAAGAACAUUAUUUGAAGCAAUGCCAGAGGAGUCCAAUGACUUUUCACAGUACCAGCUCAAAGGCUUGCUUAAAAAAAACUAUCUAAACCAACACAUAGAAAGUGUCCAAAAGGAAAUGAAUCAACAACAUUCAGGACAAAUCCAAAGGCAAUAUGAAGAUGAAGGAGGCUUUUUGAAGGAGGUAGAGUCAAGGAGGGUGGUCUCUGAAGAUACUUCACAUUACAUCUUGAUUAAAGGUAUUCAAGCUAAGAAAGUUGCAGAAGUGGAUUCAGAGUCUCUUCCUUCAUGCAGUGAAAUGCACAGCAGGUCUUCUGACAUGAAGUCAUCUCCGUGUGAAAAGCUGGAGCCAAAGGAAGAGCCUGACGCCUCCCCUCCUUCCCCGAGAACCUUACUGGCCCUGCAGGCGGCCCUGCUGGGCGGCAGCUCAGAAGAUGAGCUGGAGAGUGAGACCCGCAGGCUGUGCCAUGUGACGCACGCGCCGGCCACCGCACGUGCAGGUUCUGUGUCGCCGCUGACUCUCUUGGCCAUGCAGAGAGCUCUCGAUGACGAUGAUGAAGACGUGAAAGUGCGUGCCAGGAGCGACAUGCAGACAGGAGGGGCAGGCGCGAGAAAACCAAAACCGCUCCAGAGCAGUUCUGACGAGGAGACUGAGGAAGGACCUAAAAUGAGAGAUGGUGAAGGAGUGCCGUUGGCAGCAGCGUCUCACGCAGCCAGUAUGAACCUCGCAGAGGAGCCUGUAACCAGCGCUGAUGCUGACAAAGAGCGGACAGAAUCGGCUCACCUACCGAGGACUGUCUUUUGUCAAGGCAGCGACUCUGGCGUUCCAAAAGAGCCGAUGUCGUUUAUUCCCCCGGUGAAGGAAGCCUUUCAGACAAACGAUGAGACUGCACUUAAGGAUGGAAAAGAUCCAGUUCCUUUGGAAAACAUUGUGGUGCUACCCAGGGAUGCACCUGGGCUCCAGAGAGGACCAGAGUGGACACCGACACCUCCGACAAGUCCGAGUUCCGUAUCAAGGAGUGGAACCAAAGUGCUUGAGCUACAGCAAGGUCUUCUUCCACCAGACAGUAAAUAUGACACCUCUGUCCUUUCAAGUCAUGAUGCAACAGAAUCUGAAAAAAACCCUGCUCCUGAAGGCACCGUCAGUUUGCAAGAAUCGAGUGAUACGCUAAGUGUCCCUUUAGAGACAAUAAGUGACUUAGGAAAUGUGGCAUCUGUUAAUGCCAAAGAGCAUGAGAAUUUCUUGAAAACCAUCCAAGAACAUGAGACCAUUGAAUCUGCAGGCCAGGGUUUAAUUUCAGUUCCAGCGUCCAUGGAACCAAAGGAAACAGGCUCUGAAGAAAGUGAAUCUGAUGGAAGUUUCAUUGAAGUGCAGAGUAUAAAUAGCAGCGAUGAACUUCAAGCUGAGUUAUAUGAAGCUUGCAGACCUCCCUCUGAACAAGGUGAAGAGGAACCAGUAGGAACUGAGACGCAAGAAGCCACAGGUGACCCCCAGGGCCUCCCGAGAGACAACUCUGAGAGGGAGGCCGUGGGCACCGAGCCACCUGAAGAAACUGAAAAAGAUGCAGAUGAUUUGCUCAACGAAUGGCAAGAUGUUGACCUGGAGGAGCUGGAGACGCUGGAGAGCAACCUUUUAACACAGCAGGAGUCACUGAAAGCUCAAAAACAGCAGCAAGAACGGGUCGCGGCUACUGUGACAGGACAGAUGUUCCAGGAAAGCCAGGAACUUCUUCGCCUGUUCGGCAUCCCCUACGUCGAGGCUCCCAUGGAAGCAGAAGCUCAGUGCGCCAUCCUGGAUCUGACUGAUCAAACUUCUGGAACGAUCACUGAUGACAGUGACAUUUGGCUGUUCGGAGCACGGCACGUCUAUAAAAACUUUUUUAAUAAAAACAAGUUUGUAGAAUAUUACCAGUAUGUGGACUUUCACAACCAAUUAGGAUUGGACCGGAACAAAUUAAUAAAUUUGGCCUAUUUGCUUGGAAGUGAUUAUACGGAAGGAAUACCAACUGUAGGUUGUGUUACAGCCAUGGAAAUUCUCAAUGAAUUCCCUGGACAUGGCCUGGAACCUCUCCUAAGAUUCUCCGAGUGGUGGCAUGGAGCUCAAAAGAAUAAGAAGAUAAGACCUAAUCCUUAUGACACCAAAGUGAAAAAAAAGUUACGCAAGUUGCAGCUCACGCCUGGCUUCCCUAACCCGGCCGUGGCAGACGCUUACCUCAAGCCUGUGGUGGAUGAGUCCAAGGGGUCUUUUCUGUGGGGCAAACCUGAUCUCGAGAAGAUUAGAGAAUAUCCUUUCCGGUAUUUUGGCUGGAACAGGACGAAGACGGAUGAAUUUCUGUUUCCUGUAUUAAAGCAACUGAAUGUCCAGCAGGUUUUCGUAUGUAAUGCUGUGAUGAACAUCAGGCAUGUGACUUUUCUCAAAUGUAACUAUUUUUAAAGAAUGUCUUCCUGAAAGUGGAUUUGCUGAACAGAAGUCAAGAAUAUUUCUUACGACUCCUAAUAUAUAAUACUGUGAAGUUUCUUCCUGAAGGUAUCACAUGAUGACAAUGUUUUUAAAAGAAGGGAAGAGUAGAAUUUAGAAACAGACCCCAUGAAGUUGUGUUGCUCUAAAAGAAGAUGAUAUAUUUGGCCCCUGAAAAAUAUUUAACUCUCUUUCAAUGCCGAGGAAGGGAUUUCCUACUUGAUAUGUGGGCGGAGGGCUUAGUUGACGGAGGUGGUACAUGUACUGCUUUAAGUACGAUCUUGAAAGUAAAAUUUGCUGCCAGUCAUUCAUUUGGGGGAGAUCGGCUUUUGAGAGAGAAUGAAUUAGUAUUUUCUGAAAGAGUCAUCCAAUGCCAGUAAUCAGGGUGGAUUUCUUUGAUUUGCUUUAGAAAGUUUACUUACUUGUCUGAGUUAUUAUUAUUUUAUUUCAUUUUUUAGACGCAGCUCCGAAUUGAUUCUUUCUUUAGAUUAGCUCAACAGGAGAAACAGGAGGCUAAGGGUAUUAAGAGCCAGAGACUUAACAGAGCUGUGACAUGUAUGCUGAGAAAAGAAAGAGAAGAAGCAGCCAGUGAAAUAGAAGC